AUGGCUGUUCCGGCGCUCAACUUCGACAUCCCAAACCAUAAGAACAACUACAUGCUCCCCCUCGACUCGCCGACGUCUCCCCAUCCAAACAAAACAGUCGACGCAGUCGCAGUCAUCUUUGCGCGCGUUAUCCAGCAGAACGAGCAGUAUCUCAGAUCGAUCCACCCGAACCAGCCACAGUACCGCUGCCCAAAGAUGAUAUCCUUCUUCAUGAUGCCGGACCCGGAGCUUUCUCUGACCGCGAACACGGCAGAGUUUACGCAGACAACUCUUGACAUUGUGCAGGCACGCAUUAAGAAGUUUGUCCACAACUUUGCAUACAGGACACGCAUGCGCAACGAGGCUCUGGUCGGCGCCCUGGUCUAUCUCGACAGAAUCGUUGAUGCGAGCGGCAUAGUUGUUACCCGGCAGAACUGGCUGCUGGUCACCGUCAUGUGCCUCAUCACAGUGCAGAAGAUGUACGAUGACUUCCAUUAUUCUCUCAAGGACUAUGCAAGGGUUGUGAACAUACCGCAGAACGUGCUGGCCAGGGCAGAACACUCCUUCCUAAAGCUCGUGAAGUACGACCUUGUGGUGUCUCAACAGCAUUAUAGUCGCUACAGGAACUAUAUUACUGCGAAGUACGAGGAUGCAGCGCUUCGGGAGGCCUACCUCUGCUCUCCGAUGUCUACUCUAAAUACAUUUGCGCUCUCCUCUGUGAAGGAUGUUGCGGACAUCCUUGGCAAGACAAUAAAUGCAAAGGGCAAUGCGACAUCUGGGCUCCAGCAGGAGAAGAACCCGAUGGACGAUGUUGCCGAAAACUCCGAUAGUGACGAUAAGGCCCCUGCCGACGACCCAACUCUGCAGAAGACAAAAUUGCUAGGAAUGGAGGAUCCAUCUAAUGACAAAAAGGAGUCGAACAAGGCCAUCCUUGGCGGGGUUGCUCUGCCGGAAAAGAAGCUGUGA